AUGAUGAAGUUUGCAAAGGUUCAAUGUCUGGAUGAUGCCAUGGCCGAGUUCUUCUACGUUGAAAAUAUCCCUUUCAACACCAUUCGGAAGCCAAAUUUGAGGAAGUUGCUUCAAGCUGCUAUGGACUUCAGCCCUGGAGCUCUUGCACAAAUGAUGGGAUAUGAGAAGCUGCGGAGUACACAGCUGAAGAAGCUUUAUAAUAGUGUCAAUGCUCGACUUGAUCCAAUCUGUGAGGGGUGGAGAAAAUAUGGAGUUAGCAUCGUCACUGAUGCCUGGUCUGACAACCAUAGCCGAUCCUUGAUCAACUUCAUGGCCUCCAACGUCCAGGGUUCGGUUUUCUUGAAGUCUGUAGAUUCCGAGGGCAGGACAAAGAUGGGAGAGUGGAUUUGGGUCGAGCUGAAGAAAGUGAUUCAAGAAGUUGGCAAAGAAACCGUUGUUCAAGUGAUCACUGACAAUGCAUCAAACUGUGUGCAGAUGGGAGAACUCAUGACAGCUGAGUAUCCUCACAUUCUCCACAGCCGGUGUGUGUGCCACGUCUUGGACCUUCUAUUUGAAGACAUUGGGAGCUUGUCGUGGGUAAAACCACUGGUGAAAUGCUGUAACGAGGUGGUAACUUUUAUCACCAAAAAACCUCAUGUUCUGGCGUUGUUUCAGAAGCUGAGCAAUCGGGAUCUCAUCAAGCCAGCGAGCACAAGGUUCGCUUACAUGUUUCUAGUGAUGUCUCAACUCCUGAAUCUGACGACCUUGGAGGCAUUGAAGGAGAUGGUUGUGAGCUCCGAGUGGCAGCGAUUGGACGUCACGAAGACUGCCAAAGCCCAGCGCAUUUGA